AUGGACCUGCCGUUCGCGUUUGGAAUUGACGCCGGCGCAGUGCAAGAGAGACAGCACGUGAAGGAUAGAGCUAACGCGGGCAAACGUCAACAUGGUGCUAUUGCCAGUACAAUCAGGCUAAAUACUGAACCAGUAUUAGGAGUUAUGUCAAGUGAAUCUGUCAGUGCUGAAAAUGAGGAUAUAGAUUCUGAGCAACCUACUACUACAUCUCAAAUGGAAUUCCUAAAAGAAGACGAAGAGAUCCAAUUUUCUUUGGGGACUUCAAAGAAAGAAAGUAUUCCUGAAGUACAACAAGCCAUACUGGUUAGGCACCUCAAAAAGGGCAUCAAGGAGGAAAAUAUAGCCCUCACUGAGAUGCUUUGCUUUAACAUUAAAUUUUUAUUCUCUUCUGCAUAUCAGUAUGUUAGAAAAGUGUUUGGCAAAAAUUCUCUCCCGCAUCCUAGAACACUAACAAAUGUGUAUUCUACUGUAGAUGGUACACCGGGGUUUAGUGCAGAAGCAAUACGGGCUGUCAAAUGA